AUGUAUAAGUGGAGAAUGGUCGUCUUUGUCCAUUUGUGAGAAAAGUAUCACUGCAUGCGGCCGGCCCCCUAAAGUCCCUCAUGCUGUAAUAAUUCAUCAGAGAUACCAGGAGGUUUUUCCUGCAGAUUCAGAAGUGCAGUAUAAAUGUGAAGAUGGAUACGCUACAGAGGAAGCAUCCAGCAGCAAAUCCAUCUUUUGCAUAGCUGGGAACUGGACUGAAGGUCCUAUGUGCAGACCUUCUACCAUCUCUGGAUCAAAUGGGAGCGAGAUUCAAACUCAAAUCACAACAAUCAAUAACUGUGGAAGACACCCUACCGUCGAACAUGGUGAUUUUGUGGAAAUUGCUGAAAUGUUUUUGAGAUUUCGCUGCAAUAUUUUUUACAGACGAGUGGGUCCAGAGAAA